UGUUGUCGUCGUCCCCUUGCCACUAUGGAGCGGCUGAGAUGACCAUUUUAGCUAAAACCGUUCAUUGAUUUUUUACUUUUUCACGAAAAAACGGGAACAUGACCGAGGGAGUGUACCGGCAGGAUAGCCGGAGGUCGCAGUCAAUGUUUUUAAAUCUGGAGCUAUAAUGUAACGGCUCUGAACAAUUCGGCACACAGAUGUGACCAGCUGGGGAGAAAGACGCCGUUAAUCUGGGAUAACGUUAAUUGUCUGGCGGUAUCAUCGUGGAUUUUAUUACACCCUUUCCAUGUAUUGAGUGUACAUAUGUGGGUGUGUGUAUAUAUAUAUAUAUAUAUAUAUAUAUAUAUAUAUAUAUAUAUAUUGUUAAAUGAAUAACGUGAACCAUGAGCAGUAUGAAGGACACACCGACGAUCCGCCAGCAGAGCUCGGAGAAUAACUCUGUCAGCAGUAGUGAAUGGGACAUGGCAAACGAUGUGUUUGUGUCCGGCUACGACGACACUCCGGUGGGAGACGUGGCCGCUGCCGGGGACGGGAACCCGGCGCAGCCCGGUUUGGACAGACACCUGCCUCUGUUAAGGCGGGACUCGCGUCGGUUAUCUCAGGAUGGCAUGAUGCUGGGCCUGGCUGGAGAGGAAUAUACGGGCUCAUCGUAUCUUUCCAUCGACCCGAACUACACCGAAAGUGACGGGAAUGUGACUGCCAAGAAGCGCAUACGGUCCAACAGCUCUAGGCACCGCGGAGAGGUCGUCGCGGAGCUGGGGCCGGAGGAGGUCCGGUGGUUUUACAAAGAGGACAAGCGGACGUGGAAGCCAUUCGUCGGACACGACUCUUUAAAAAUCGAGAUCGUCUAUCGGAGAUUCUGUGAGCAAAACCCCGACAAGGUCAAACGCCCUGUCGAACCCGGCGAGGCCGAGGGGAAGGAGGCAACCAGGUCCGGCGACAGUGGGGCGCUGGACAGUGGAAGUGUCCGGGCGGAGUCGGCGGUGCAGCGGGGCGGGGGGCAACGGCGCUCGGUGUCAGAGGAGAUGAAGGACCCGGACGACAUGAGCAACAGCGUGGAGGCAGUGUGUGUCAGAGGGGGGCUGUACGAAGUGGAUAUAAGGGAGAAGGAGUGCUACCCUGUUUACUGGAACCAGCAAGACCGCAUUCCUGUGAUGAGGGGUCAGUGGUUCGUUGAUGGAACGUGGCUUCCCCUGGAGGAGGAUGAGAGUGACCUCAUUGAGAUGGAGCACCUCGCCCGUUUCCGAGGGCAACAGAUGAGGGACACCUACGAGAUGGAGAUGGUGACCACCACAGUGGACAGCAAGGAUGCCAUCCACAGCCUGAAGCUGAGCAGAAGUCAUGUGGACUGGCACAGUGUGGAUGAGGUGUACCUGUACAGUGACGCCACCACCUCCAAGAUUGCACGCACCGUUACUCAGAAACUGGGCUUCUCUAAAGCCUCCAGCAGCGGGACGCGUCUCCAUCGGGGAUACGUGGAGGAAGCAGCACCUGAGGACACCCCACCUGAAACCACACACAUCGUCUUCGUGGUGCAUGGCAUCGGCCAGAAGAUGGACCAGGGACGCAUCAUCAGGAAUACCAGCAUGAUGAGAGACGCUGCCAGAAAGAUGGAGGAGAAGCAUUUCUCUGAUCGCACCACGGAGCAUGUUGAGUUCCUUCCUGUGGAGUGGAGGUCAAAACUGGCUCUGGAUGGAGACACUGUGGAUUCCAUCACCCCAGACAAAGUGCGAGGUCUCAGAGACAUGUUGAACAGCAGCGCCAUGGACAUCAUGUACUACACCAGCCCUCUGUAUAGAGAUGAGAUUACCAGGGGUUUGACUCUGGAGCUGAAUCGUCUGUACUCACUCUUCUGCUCACGGAAUCCAGACUUUGAGAAAAACGGGAAGGUGUCCAUAGUGUCGCACUCGCUGGGCUGCGUCAUCACCUUCGACAUCAUGACAGGCUGGGACCCCGUCCGCUUUCAUCAUCAAGAGGCGCCAGACCCGGAAGAGACAAAGGUCCGCUGGCCGAGUGAUGAGGAGCGCCACCUUCAGGAGCAGCUGAGACUCACACGCCUCAGGUUGAGAGAUUUGGAGGAUCAGUUCCAGGGUCUGCAGACAUCGUCUUGUGUUGCCGUUCCACCCUUGAAAUUCAAGGUAGAAAAUUUCUUCUGCAUGGGCUCUCCUCUGGCUGUUUUCUUGGCAUUAAGAGGGAUCCGGCCUGGAAACAACAGUGCGCAGGACCACAUCCUUCCCACUUCUAUCUGCAAACGCCUCUUCAACAUAUUCCAUCCCACAGACCCUGUGGCAUACAGAUUGGAGCCUCUUAUCUUAAAGCACUACAGUAACAUUGCACCUGUUCAAAUCCACUGGUAUAACACCACCAGCCCGACACCGUACGAUCAGAUCCGGCCCACGUUGCUCAACCUCCCAAAGGAGACCACAUCUGUCUCAGAUUCAGAGAGCAUCCCCAGCCCCUGCACAUCUCCCCCACAGGCCCGACGGCACUACGGGGAGUCCAUCACCAGCCUGGGCAAGGCCAGCAUCAUGGGUGCUGCAAGUCUUGGAAAGGGAAUCGGAGGAAUCCUGUUUUCCCGCUUUUCCCGUUCCAGUGGCCAGGUGGGCGGAGUGGAGGAAGAGCCAUCAGAUUCUGAGGGUGGAGUCUCUGAAGUGGAAAACGUGGCAUUAGGAGAGGAAGGAGCAUCGGUGGCUGAGAGCGAUGAAAAGGACAAAGAAAUAGAGGAAGAGAGGCAGGAGGUGGAGCCUGCCAUGUCCCAGUCCACCUCAGCUGUCAUGGACAGCACCUCGUUGGAACUGGAGAGACGCAUCGACUUUGAGCUGCGGGAGGGCUUGGUGGAGAGUCGCUACUGGUCAGCAGUGACCUCACACACGGCCUAUUGGUGCUCUUAUGAUGUGGCUUUGUUCCUUCUCACCUUCAUGUACAAACCACAAGAGGCUCUUGAACCUGCAGAAGACAACCCAGACACCUCAUAAGUGCAAACUGAAACAUCAUGGGUCAACUCACUUUCCAUUUACGCCUUUUGAAAUAUAAACUGAAAUCCUAGUUUAUGGACAUGAAACACAUGUCCAUAAACACACAAAAGAGACUUCAUUCUUCAUUUUCUAAUUUCUUAAUAAUUCUGUGCUUUACACAAAUUUUGAAAUGUGAAAUAUUAAGUAUAAAUAUUAUAGUAUUUAAGAAAUACAUAAAUGUAGUUUUUGGAAAUGUAAAAUAUUACAAUACUAAUUCUUAUUUUAAAUUAUUUACCAUUUUGUUUGAUCAAAUACUGAGGGAUGAAACUUCAUUAUUUGCUAUUAUUAGUUUAUCUGAUUGGAAGAAGGUU